AUGAGCUCCAGCGCAACCUUGUCCGUCCUGACCGUCAAUGACGUCUACGACGUCGUGCCCAACGAGCAUGGCAUCGGAGGCAUGGCCGAGAUGGCCACGAUGCUCAAGCGUGAGCGAGCGGCGAUUCCGCCUUCGCACACGACGCUGACCACGAUCAACGGCGACUUUCUCUCGGCGUCGCAAGCGGGCGAAUUAUUCUACAAAGGGUACGGUCGCGUCUUCAAGGUCCUGACUGCAACAUGCAUGGCGACCGCGCACAUGAUCGACCUUCUCAACCACAUGGACAUCGACUUUGCCGUCUUUGGCAACCACGAGUUUGACUUUGGCGCCGACAUCUUGGCGCAGCGCGUCCAAGAGUCCAAGUUUCGCUGGUUUGGCUCCAACGUCAAGGAGAGAGCGACCGGCGGCCUCUUUGCCAACGCGACCGACACGCUCCUUCUUCCGAUCGGUCCAGACGGCGCACUCAAGCUGGGCAUCUUCGGCAUCUGCACGCCCGAGACGCCGCAGCUCUCAUUUCCGGGCGACCGCGUC